GAGCAGACAAGUAUAUGACUCGUGAGAUACAUUUUAGAUGUCUAGUAUAUUAUCCUUACAUCAACCCCGCCGUAUCGCCAGUCUGCACAACCGCCGUUUGAACCCUCUUCCGUAUAACCGCUUCCCUGCAUUUAGUUACACGGAAAACAGCCAUCUAGGUCAUUCAAGAUAUCUAUUGAGACAAUCUUCUCCUACCUACCUAUCCUGAGACUUCUGCUAAAGUAGACAGCCCUCACAGGCUGGUUGCGGGUGCCUCUGCCGAAUCAUGAAGUUCGGCAAGCAAAUCCAGAAGCGUCAGCUUGAAGUACCAGAAUAUGCUGCCAGCUUCGUAAAUUAUAAAGCUCUGAAAAAGCUUAUCAAAAAGCUCUCUGCUACCCCGACUUUGAGCGCCCAGAAUGACCCUCACUUUACUCCCACGCCGGUAGAUACCCAAGUUGCCCUACAGGCAAACAAAGCAAAGUUCUUUUUUCAACUGGAACGUGAGCUAGAGAAGGUCAACGCAUUCUACCUGCAGAAAGAAGCUGAACUUAAAGUCCGGCUGAAGACAUUGCUGGACAAGAAGAGAGUAUUGAAAUCUCGCCAGGGUGUCUCUAGACGGUCGGCUAAAUUUACAACUUUGGAAGAAGGGUUCCAGCAAUUUGCCAAUGAUCUGAAUAAGCUCCAGCAGUUCGUUGAAAUUAAUGGGACUGCCUUCUCCAAAAUUCUCAAGAAAUGGGACAAGACCUCUAAAUCCAAAACUAAGGAGUUGUAUCUCUCUCGCGCUGUAGAAGUGCAACCGUUUUUCAAUGCUCCAGUUAUUAGCGAGCUCUCAGACCAAGCGACGACUAGUCUGCAGGAGCUCGGGGCCUGGGCGGAUGGUGAUCAUGUGCCGUUCGAAGCUCGAUCCGAUCAUAUGGUGAGUAGUCAGCAUUUGCUCGGAACAGACGAAGGCGACGUAGACAGUCUGGUACUCGACACAGCAAUCACUGGUAAUCUGGAUUCUCUGCGAGACCUCUUAGCUAGAAUGCGAGCUGGCUCUCAUUCGCCGUCAGGCAUGGAUAUCUCUUUGAUGGAAAGGGUAACCCGCACUUUUCUCGCCGCGAUACAUGAGGCACCACAAGCUUCCCUCGAGGUUUUAUUGGAGACCGGGCUUGUCGAUAUUCGGUCCGAGGAUGAUAUAAAUGAGCGAAACUGCCUCCACCAGGCCACCAUAUACGGAAACUCUUUCGUGUUGAAUGUUGGCCUCUCAAGGGGAGUUGAAGUUAGUAGAACGGAUGUUUAUGGACGGGUGCCUCUUCACUAUGCGAGCAUGCAUGGGCGACUAGAUAUGCUUGAGCUUCUUCUUCAAGCUGAUCCGACAACGAUUGACCUCAUCGACCAUGAUAACUUCACUCCGCUGAUCCAUGCUAUCAUUCAUGGCCAUCUUACAUGCGUACAACGGCUUCUUGCAACGUCAACGCGUUUAGACCCCGUGUCCGAAACAGACCACAUACCACUCAAUCUAGCUUGCGAGCAUGGAUCGCUCGAUAUUGUCAAGUUACUUUUGCAGCAUGGGGCUCAGAUACUUCCUGACGCUGAAGGGCUAUAUCCGCAGCACCUCGUAGCGCGGUCAGGCCAGACGCCUCGGUUACUUCGCUUGCUGCAGGAAUAUGGUGCGGAUUUGGACCAGAUCGACAAGCUCUAUGGCUGGACUCCUUUAGUACACGCGGCAAGCGAGGGAAAUGUUCCUUGCUUGGAGCAGCUCUUGGAAGUAGGGGCUGACCCUAAUAUUGUGGACGAGAAAGACUUAUCUGCCAUGUAUUAUGCAGCUUGGGAAGGACAUCUGGAAUGCAUGCAAAAACUUACGCUGUACCAGAAGGUAAAUGUGGAAAGUCCCCAACCAAUGCAAACGAGCGGCCCCCUUUUGGCCCCCAUAGGGAGUGGAGGGGCUCCCAUGCCUAUGUCGCUUGACGUUGAUGCCAUUCCCGUUCUUGAACUUCCACCACCAAUCAUACCAUUACGACGAUACGGGCAUAACUUCCUUGACACCAAGGCGGUUAUCCAAAUUAGCUUUCAGGAAGAAGGGGAACACCCGUUGGUUUUCUUCCACGACAGCAAAUAUCCUGCUGCACGACUCACCAUUUCUUCCAAGCUAUCGGAUCUUAUUCCCAAGAAUAUCAUGCUACCUUUCCAAGAAGAUACCCGACUUGUGUCUUUCCAGGUCGAUAAUCUUGACACAUUUACUCUCGAUUUUGAUGUUUUCCCAACAUAUGGCGCGAAGAUUAUUGCGAAGACAGUUGCUCUUCCAAACACGCUUCGAGCUUCCUGGGGUAGCACGGGGAGAUGUUGCCUCCCCUUAUUUGACCCUCGACUCCGGGCGAUUGGCCAAAUUACCUUCAACACCCAAGUAAUCAAGCCUUUCCAGGGCGCUCCGCUAGAGAUUACAGACUUUGAGACAUAUUGGAAGGCCACAAGCCAACUUGAUCAAAAUCCAAACAUGUUUGUCACAGGCUCUAGCCUAUCCGGCGACUUUGUUCAGCUAUUUGUCCAACACACUAGUGAUGGGAUUCCCGUGGUCUGGCCGCAAUGGAAGAUAGAAUGUGGUGGAAUUGAUGUAGCAGUCUCGCGGCUAUCUCAUGAGCAAUUUUCAACCAUUACUGCAUCAAACCCGAGCCGAUCCCAACUCCCCUACAUACCAUCGCAAGGCCUCGGCAAUAUUGCCGAAAUACAUCGUGUUCUAAACACAGCAGGCGUGGCUUUGGACCAAGCCCUCUCUCUCCUUCCAAGCUCGAUGCAUGUCAACCUCCAGAUUAUCUACCCAUCAGAAAAGGAAGAGAUGAGACUCGGGCUUGGCCCAACUGUGAAAGUCAACAGCUUCGUAGAUUCCAUACUAACCAUAGUAUUCGACCAUGCGAGGGAGCAACGAGCACGAAGGAUUGCAGCUCCAGACACUAUUAGAUCGGUGGUUUUUAGCUCGUAUAACCCGACGCUUUGCACGUCCCUGAACUGGAAGCAACCUAACUUCCCCGUCUUCCUCUGUAACGACCUCGGCCGAGAAGAAACCAUGUUAUCGCCUAGCGUGAUUCAAAGCAGUGGACGAAGAACAUUCUCAGUCAAGGAGACUGUGAGGAUAGCGCAGAGCAACAACUUUAUGGGGCUAGUUUGCUGCUCUCGAUUACUGAACAUGGUCCCAGCUCUCGUAGAUGCGAUCAAGUCGCACGGACUAGCGCUGGUUGUCGAUAAAUCAACUGAGGAGGUUGCGGAGCCGUUCUCACACACGGAUGCCUUCCCGAUCCCUAAGGGUGUCGAUGGAGUUUUGAAGGGCAACGGAGUCUUAAAAUUCAACGGAUCUAUAGACGUGUAGAGUAAGCGUUUGUGAUCAAGGUCAUUUAUUAGUUAUAGGCAUCCCGUUUCUACACGGAUGGGCGUUGAAGGUGCGCUUUUGCUAGAGAUAAAAUAAGGGUGUGAGCAACCGCCGAAUGA